AUGACACCUGGUGUGCGGAAGAAGGAUCCGGAGUACUCGAAUCUGAUGCUCGGAUAUCCUCCGCAGUCGUCGAAGCUUGGCGGGGAGUUUUCAAAAGGCGCCGAGGCCCUCAUCUUCCAGACCUCCUUCCUCACCCCCAGCAUCCCGGCGGCGCUGAAAUUCCGCCCUCCGAAGCCGUACAGGCACCCGACGCUCGACAAGCGGCUGAUGCGGCAGCGCACGCUGGCCGAGGCGCGCUGUCUGGUCAAGUGCAGGCGCGGCGGGGUCAGGUGUCCCGGCGUUCUGGCGGUGGAUUGGGAGGCCGGGGUUUUGGUGGUGGAGUGGGUCGAGGGGGUUACGGUUAGGAGGUGUUUGGAUGCGUGGGUGCAUACGCUGAAGAGGGAAAGAAGGGAGAGGGCAGGGUGCGGGGAUGGCGGGAGCGAUGGCGGUCACGAGGGUGGUGGGCUUGAGGCGGAUGGCGCCGAGGCAGAGCAAACGAGCGAGCUGUGGGAUUUGAUGCGGAGGGUUGGCAGGGCGGUGGGGCGGCUGCACGAGAUUGGGGUCGUGCAUGGGGAUCUGACGACGAGCAACCUGAUGCUGAGGCCUGCGCGGAGGAAAGCGGAGAGGGCGCCAAAUCCAGAGCCGGGGCAGGAGUCAGAGAGCAGCGAGGCGGCAGCAGCAGCAGCAGCAGCAGCCACCGGGACAACAGAAGACGCGACAUCCAGCACGCCUGUCCCGCCUACCACCGUCUCUACAACCUCCGCAGAAGCUGCCCCAUCACCACCACCACCACCCACACAACCCCCACCCCAAGAACCCCUCACAUCCCUCGCCGGCGACAUAGUCCUCAUCGACUUCGGCCUCGCGACCCAGACGAUCCAGGACGAGGACCGUGCCGUGGAUCUCUACGUCCUGGAGCGCGCAUUCGGUAGCACGCAUCCGGCGGCCGAGCCGUUGUUCCGAGAGGUGUUGAGGGUUUACGGGACGAGCUACAAGGGGGCGGAUGUCGUGCUGAGGAGGCUCGAGGAGGUGAGAGGGAGGGGGAGGAAGAGGAGUAUGGUCGGCUGA